AUUGGAGCGGCACGGCUCGGCACGGCUCCGCUCCUCUCGGCCCCGUCAGCCGCGCGUCUGCAUACGGGAGGAUCGGCGGAACCGGGACGGUCCCGUCCCUCCGCACCCCCCGCCCCGUGCCCCCCCCCCCCUCCUCCGCGAGGAUGGCGGCCCCCGAAGCCGGCAGCACAGGCGGUGUGAUCAGCUACGUGGGCUCCAGCGGCACCUCGCCCAACCGCACCAGCCCCGUCUCGCUCUGCAGCGACAGCUCCAACAGCAGCUCACAGUCGGGCUCUCAGCCCUUCCCCACCUACUUUCCCCCAUCACCCACCGGCUCGCUGCAGGAUUCCCGUACCUACGGCGGGGGCUCGCUGGCCUCCCGUGAAGAUGGCUCCCCUUCAUCUUCCUCUUCCUCCUCCUCAUCCUCCUCCUCCUCCACGUACGGCUCCUCGGUGAACUUCCCCGGGGUGCAGCAGGUUCCUGCAGACGAGCGACGCCGCAGCUCGCCCAGCAAACCCGGCAGCACCGUCACCAAGCUGAACGGGAUGGUGCUGCUCUGCAAGGUCUGCGGGGACGUCGCCUCUGGUUUCCACUACGGCGUCCACGCCUGCGAGGGCUGCAAGGGCUUCUUCCGCCGCAGCAUCCAGCAGAACAUCCAGUACAAGAAGUGCCUCAAGAACGAGAACUGCUCCAUCGUCCGCAUCAACCGCAACCGCUGCCAGCAGUGCCGCUUCAAGAAGUGCCUGCUGGUCGGCAUGUCCCGUGAUGCCGUGCGCUUCGGGCGCAUCCCCAAGCGGGAGAAGCAGCGGAUGCUGGCGGAGAUGCAGAGCGCGAUGAGCGGCAUGGCCAGCGUCCCGCCGGGCAUGGCCGGCCCCGGCGAGGGCCCAGCGCCGGGCGGGGGCCGCGCCCCGCCCCCCGGCCCGCCGCCGCUCGUCCCCCCCGCCUGCUUCUCGCAGUUCCCGCAGCAGCUGACCCCCCCGCGCUCGCCCAGCCCCGGGGGGGCCACCGAGGACGUCAUCGCGCAGGUGGCCAAGGCUCACAAGGAGAUCUUCGUCUACGCACACGACAAGCUGGGACCCCCCCCGGCCUGCGACGCCGGCCUCCUGCGCUGGGACGCGCCCCCCGCCUGGGCUCCCGGCCCCCCCGAGCCCCGGCUCUGCCCCCCCGCCUACCCCGAGCCCCCGGCGCGGGGCUGCCCCUGGCCCCGCGGCACCAAGGACGUCCUGCCGGCAUGCCCCAUGAACAGCCACCUGCCCGGCCGCAGCGGACGCUCCGUGCAGGAGAUCUGGGAGGAUUUCUCCCUCAGCUUCACCCCCGCCGUCCGUGAAGUGGUCGAGUUCGCCAAGCACAUUCCCGGCUUCCAGGCCCUCUCCCAGCACGACCAGGUCACACUGCUCAAGGCUGGCACCUUUGAGGUGCUGAUGGUUCGCUUCGCCUCCCUGUUCGACGUGAAGGAGCAGACGGUGACGUUCAUGAGCCGGACAAAGUACAGCCUGGAGGAGCUGUGGGGCAUGGGCAUGGGCGACCUCCUCAGCUCCAUGUUCGAGUUCAGCGAGAAGCUCAGCGCCCUCGACCUCACCGACGAGGAGCUGGGGCUCUUCACCGCCGUCGUCCUGGUUUCGGCAGACCGCUCGGGCAUGGAGGACACGGCGUCGGUGGAGCAGCUGCAGGAGACGCUGAUCCGCGCCCUGCGCGCCCUCGUCCUGAAGACGCACCCGGCCGAGACGUCGCGUUUCACCAAGCUGCUGCUGAAGCUGCCCGACCUGCGCACCCUCAACAACCUCCACUCCGAGAAGCUGCUCUCCUUCCGUAUUGACGCCCAGUAGGACCCCGAUGGAUCCUUGCCCAUCACCCCCCCCAACCCUGCCGCCGCCCUGCACCCCUAAAACACCCCUGUACAUAGCACUGCGGGUGCGGAGGACAGACACACACACACACACACACACACACCCCACGGCACCCACUGGACUCCUGCGGCAGGGGAGGAGCUGUAGCCCUCAGGUGGGUGCUGGGAUGCCAGGACCACCCCCCUUCAGUUGGGUGCCAGCCCCACGGCUCCGCUGGCAGCGCCGGGGAGGGGGGAUCCCCAACUCCCGCCCCAGCUCGCUCAGCCAGCGGUGGGAAGCAGAGGCCGCAUCCAGCCGAGCUGUGUGGGUGGGUCUGGUUGUUGGUUGGUUUGGUUUUUUUUUUUUCAUCAUAUAUUUAUUACAUAAAUAUAUAGUAAA